AUGCGCAUCGUCACAUGGAACGUGAACGGCAUCAAGACGCUCCUCCAGUAUCACCCAUGGAACCAGAAGCGGACGUAUGAGGGGAUCAUUGAGGACCUGGGCGGCGACAUCACCUGUAUACAGGAGACGAAGAUCACGCGGGCGCAGAUGGAGAGGGGAAUGGCCGUCCUCGACGCCUACGACUCGUUCUUCUCCUUCUACCGCCGAAGCGUUCGCGGCAUUCACGGCACGGCCAUCUUCACGAAGCGCGACGUUGUCAUCCCGGUCAAGGCGGAGGAAGGGAUCGCGUCGAGCCUUAUCCCGUCGACGAUGGCGGUAGCCGACCGAAUUGGAGGGUAUCCGCUCAGCUCGGAAGCGGAUCUCGACUACAACGCGAUGAAGGAUCUCGACUCGGAAGGGCGAACGACGGUCAUCGACACGGGCAUGUUCGUCCUGAUCAACUUGUACUGCCCGAACGAAACGAACUCGGAUCGCCUCGUCUUCAAGAACAACUUCAACACGCUCGUCGACCGCCGCGUCCGCAACCUCAUCAAGCUUGGCCGCGAAGUCAUCGUUGUCGGAGACCUCAACAUCUGCGCGUCCGAUCUCGACACGGCAGAGCCCGAGCAGCGAGCGCGAGACUCGGGUCUCGAGAACUUUACCGACCACCCGCCUCGAGCCUGGCUCGGCGCCUUCACUGGUCCAAACGGCCCCAUGAUCGACAUCACCCGUCGCCUGCACCCGGACAGGCAGGGCAUGUUCACCUGCUGGAACACGAAGAUCGAAGCUCGCGUGUCGAACUACGGUACCCGCCUCGACUACAUCCUCAUCACGCCCGGCCUCCUUCCCUGGGUCAAGUUCUCCGAUAUUCAGCCCAAAAUCGUCGGUUCCGAUCACUGCCCCGUCUACCUCGACAUGUACGACGAGCUCGACAUCCCCGGCCGCGGCAAGGUCAGCAUCUGGGACGAGUUGAAUCCCGGUCGCAAGAAGGGCGACAAGCUGCCCGAUCCGCCUGCUUUCGCCAGCCGCUUCUUCAGCGAGUUCUCCGGCAAGCAGAAGCUGCUGUCUAACUUCUUCACCAAGAAGUCGGAGAUGCCGCCCGAUGCGUCCAAGCCUUCGCCAUCGCCCUCUCCUCAACCCAACUCCGCAACCACGUCCGCCUCGGUUUCGAAGAACGGCAGCCUCUCGACGAUGGCGACGAUCACGGCUGUUACCAACGGCUCGUCGAAGAAGGGCAAGGGUAAGGAGAAGUCGCCUGAGGAGGAAAAGCCGAAGACGGGGCAACAAGGUCUCUCAAGCUUCUUCAAGCCGCCUCCCGCGCCCGACGCGAGACCGACGAAGAAGCGCAAGAAGAGCCAGACGGAGCCCACGCCUCCCUCUCCCAGCAACAGUCGCCCUUCGACAUCCCGCUCCUCCAGCUCGUCGCAGACGAAACCGUCGCCCUCGCCCACUGCCUCUUUUCGCAACGGAGAUGGCACUGAGGUCCUCGUCCUCAGCGACGGAGACGACGACGCCGAGGAAGAGCUCGACCUGAAGGAGCGCGAAGAUGCGACGGCAGAUCCAGGCUUCAAUCCGAACGCGCAGUCUGCUUCCGCUUGGUCGAGCAUCUUCGCCUCGAAACCCGUCCCGCUCUGCGAAGGUCACAGCGAGCCAUCGCGCGUUUGGACAGUCAACAAGCCUGGACCGAACAAGGGCAGGCGGUUCUACCUACCUGUCGGGCCAGGCUAUGAUCAGGGUCAGUCGAAGAUCCACGUCAAUCCCGAGUACAGGUGCAACUUCUUCCAGUGGGAGACCAAGGUCAAACGUCCCGCCGGCAUGGUCCUUUCGUCGUCUGCGAAGAAGCAGAAGACCUGA